GUGGUCGGCUGCAGGUCAAACCGGUCGCGGCGAUCUGGGGUGGCCCAGGCAGGACGGACAGAGCCGCGAGGUGGGGGUCCCUGACUGAGCAUCUGUUUUAACCCGCCUCCCGUCUCCCAGCCCUGGUCCUCGCCAUGAAACCCUCGCACCGCCACCUUUCCGCUGCCUCUGGCGUCUGGGCCCCGAUGAAGCUGCUGCUGCCGCUAUUGAUGGCGCAACUCUGGGCCGCRGAUGCGCUCCCAGUAAAUGACACGGGCUUGGAACUUGCGGCCUUUGGCGCCCCCUGCACGCGCGGCUCGCAGCCCUGGCAGGUCUCCCUCUUCAAGGGCCUCAAAUUCCACUGCGCAGGCGUCCUAGUGGACGAGAGCUGGGUGCUCACGGCAGCGCACUGCUGGAACGACAAGUCCCUGUGGGCUCGAGUUGGGGACGACCACCUGCUUCUUCUCCAGGGGGAGCAGCUCCGCCUGGCUGGCCACCCCGUGGUCCACCCCAAGUACCUCCAGGGCUCAGGCCCCAUCCUGCCAAGGCGGACAGAUGAGCAUGACCUCAUGCUGCUGAAGCUGGGCAGGCCCGUUGUGCAGGGGCCCCGCGUCCAGGUCCUGCAGCUGCCCAACCGCUGCGCCCAGCCUGGAGACCAGUGCCAGAUCGCUGGCUGGGGCACCACAUCCUCCCGGAGAGUGAAGUACAACAAGGGCCUGAGCUGCUCCAGGGUCACUCUCCUGACCCCUAAAGCAUGCGAAGUCUUCUACCCUGGAGUGAUCACCAACAACAUGAUUUGUGCUGGACUGGACCAGGGCCAGGACCCUUGCCAGAGCGACUCGGGCGGCCCCUUGGUAUGUGACCAGACCCUACAGGGCAUCCUCUCCUGGGGCGUUUACCCCUGCGGCUCUGCCCAGCACCCGGCUGUUUACACCCAGAUCUGCAAAUAUGUCCCCUGGAUCAAGAAAACCAUCCGCUCCAAAUGAUCCAGCCCCCAAGACCCCUUCACCACCUGUCCUCCUCCUCGGCCCUUCCUCCCCGGCUGGCCAGACCCUCCGUACCCUGCCUGCCCAUCUGUUCUCUUCCCUCAUUCCCCUGACACUCCUGUUCUCUGCUCACUCUGGAGCCAAAGAA